AUGGACUCCCACCAGCGCGCGCGCCUUCGGAGGCACCAGGCGACCCCGACAGACGUCACUGAAGAACAGAGGAAGCUGACGGGCCCGAACAGCGCCUUCAUCAAUUGCAUCCGCGAUACUAUUCGCGCCACGCCCGGCACAUACGAAAGCAUCGUCCAGCUUCUUCUCAGCAUGGAGCCCGAGAUCCGCGAAGCCGCUUCCGACACGAACAGCAGCUCCCCCCGCAGCGAGUGGAGCAGCGUUACAAUGGUUGCUCCGAGGUCGCCCAUGCAAGAACUGCCACGGGCAACGCGCUUGGUACCUGGCGUCUUCCUGGGCUCUUACACAAACACUUAUGUACCAGGACCUGUCUACACCAACUGCGACUGGACGGGCACCAUGCCCAGCUUCGAACAAUGGCAGACUGUAGUGGAAUAUGAUGACCGCAUGGAUGUGGAUGUCGUCAGCAACAGCCACAGUGAUAAUGGCAGCGGAGAAGGCAGUGGAGAUGCCAAUCUUGAAGCAAGCAGCGUUCAUCAGACGGAGGAGCAGGAGCAGUACGAGCUGAUGGAAAUCGAGAUGGAUAUUGAUGGCGAGGAGCAGCAGCAGCAGCAAUCUGAAGAUCAGCAGCAACGCCCUGGAGAGCAGCAGCAUGCCGAGGAGCAGCAGAAUGCUGAGGAACAGCAGCACGUCGAAGAGGAACAGCACCAGCAAGAGCAGCUGGAUGAGCAGCAGUCCUUCCACCCGCAACCCUCUCCGACUGCCUCUCAGCCCAACGAGCAUGCUAAGGAGCAGCACCAGCAACAACAGGAAGAGCAGCAGGACGAAGAGCCCGUCCGCCCGCAACCCUCCCGCCCACAACACUCUCCGACUGCCGCUAAGUCCAACAAGAAUCCUGAGGAGCAGCACCAGCAACAGAACGAGGAGCAGCAGGAAGAGGAGCCGGUCCACCCUCAACCCUCUCCAACUGACACCCAGUCCAACGAGCAGGCUGCCCCAACCUCCCAACCCACCGCCCAGCCCACCAUCCCCGCUCCCGACUUCCUAGCCGACCCUUUCGCCGGCACCGAAUCCCGUACGAAGCAGUUCAUCCGCUCGAUGGGCGAAGCCGCCAUGCUGAUCAGAGCGCUCCGCUACGGCCGCGACUACGUGCAGAGCGGCGCCCUCUUCCCGAGCACGAGCUGCGAGGGCUACCAGGAGUUCCGCCGGCGCCUGGAAGCGGGAAUGCGGAUGUCGCCGCACAACAGCAUGAAGAAGUGCUUUGACGAGGUGGAGAUUUGCUUGGAGAUGAUUGUGGAUUGCCUGGUCGUGGCGCAGGUGUUGGAGAUGGUGCAGAACUGGUCGGCCUGGGGUGUGAACCCUUUGGGCUGA